AUGUACGAGUUGCGCGCAGCCAUUCGCGACCGUCAGAGUGUCGCGGAGGGGUACGCUCGUGUCGAUAAAAUUCCGGGCAAGAUUUCAGAGUCGCUGAUGCACCAAGCGUUGUUGGCGCGUGAUCCCGAAGAUGGCCAAAACCUCAUGGCAUACGCUGCCAGAUGGGGACGGGAGGAGUGGUUUCUUUACCUCGUCCAACACGUUCGAGACAAGCUUGGGGUGGGUUGCCUCGUGAAGCAGCUACGAGCGUGGGACAUCAACGGCACGCCCUUGCUGUUUCUGGCGAUAUCCAGCCGUAGCUCCGAAAACUGCUUCAAAGCGGUGUUUGAUGAGCUCGUCACUGCCCUGGGGAAAGGCGGCCUUGUGGAGCAGAUUGCAGCAAGCGACGACUUGGGGAGAAACAUCGUGAUGUACGCUGCUCGAGGCAACAGUGUGGACGUCUUCAAACGCGCAUGGAAAAUGUACCACUAUCAUCAGCGCACGUUUUCCAGCCCAGUCGAGGGAUGGGGGGGUGCUCCUUCGAUCACACUGACCAAAGUCGACUACACGGGAAGAAACUUGCUCCAUCAUGCCGCAGAAGCCGGCUGCCUGGACGUGCUUAACGAGAUUCUUCUGAUGGUAAGGAAACUCUCCGAUUCCGCUAACGGAACGAUGCACAAGCCCGACAAGAAUGGGCUAACACCCUUGCACCACCUGCUCCGCGCCAAGUACGGCGAGCCAGAGGUUCCAGGUGAUAUCGAAGAUCCAGCUGAGUUCCCGCAGAAGUUUGAAAAACUCUGGCUUUAUGGCAGCAAAGGCAGCUUCAUGGCACGCCGGAAGGUCAUGGCAUUGCCACGUGAUGGCCGGGCUGACGUCGCUGUCUCGGCUAUUACGGAUGUCAUCCACGCGGCACGCGGAGGCCUGCCUUCCCUGCAGCUGAUUCUGGCCAAGAUUUGCCUCACGAAGUUCUGGCAAGGAAAGCCCAACAACACGGUUGUUACGAUCGAAGAAGCCCUGUGCGUGGCUGUGCACGAGACGAUGGAAGGUGAAGACGAGACGGAGGAAGGCGAAGGCGAGACAAAGGAAGGCGAAGCCGCCCCCGAGCAAGGCGAGCUUGAUGCGUGGGGGUGGGGCAUGCUCUUGGCGGCUGCGGCGAAAGGUGGACAUGUGGACGUUCUCGAACACGUUGUGCACGCAAUUAAGACUGGGAGCUUCGUUGAGGGUCUCUCCGACAGGAAUGCCGACCAACUACAUACGGUGUACACAAACCAGGAGCUUCAACGGGUGGACAGGGCAGUCGAGGCGAUCGUAUCGAGCGGAAGCUAUUUGUUCGGUCAGGCCGUCCUGUCGGGCAAAGUCGAAGUGGUGCUGUGGGUCUACCAGUUCUUGGCUCAGCGAUACCCUCAGGAGUUGUGGAAGAACGUCCGUGGAGCACAAGAUAAGAUCAACGCAUUGACGUGCGCGUCGUCCGCGUCGAUGAAAUGCGAACGCCAAGGUGUCGAGGUUCUGGUGGCGGUGUACAGUUGCCUGCAGGAGGUCGCCGAAAAGUAUCUCAUCUGCGUGACGAGCGGCCACAUCAAACGCGUACACCAAGUGCGAGACAGCAGACGUGAGGCUGCGAAAUGUGAGUUUAAAACGCAUGAGGAUAUCACUAGGAACCUCAAAGACCUGUUCGUGUCAAGGAGCCACACAAUGCAGCCUGCUGGAAGCAAGUCGUCGGCUCGUACGACGGUCAAGAGUAGCAGCACCCCGCUUGCCGGGGCGGCGCUGAGCGGGAACUGGGUGUUGUUCCAGAGGAUUUACGAGAUGUACGAGCGCCUCACCGACCAAAGAUGGUCUCGAGAGGAGCUGUUGCGCCAUCUCCCAAUAGCAUCGCAGGACAAGAUUAUGCUAGGGCAAUGCCAGGCCAUGCAUGAGUGCGGCCGACACGUGCACACGUCCUUCGGGCGGGGUGUGGGGAAUGUGACGGCUGUCAUUUGGCGGGACCUGGUCGAGGCGUACCAACGUGCGGAGGUCACGAGCGCGGAAAUCGAAGGCUCAGAGGAAGUGAUAUCGGACAUUCCGUCGUGGCGAGACACGUUUAAGUCGCUCUCCAGGAAAGCGGUAAGGUUGGCGGCUGAAAGAGGGGCAUUCGACGAUCUGCGGGAACUUGUCAAAGCCGGACUUCCUCUACACGACGAUCUGAUCCCGACUCUCUUGACAAGCAAUCCGUUGGUCAUGGGUGCGGGCGUAUCCAAGAACCUGAGAAGAGCCGAAGUCGACUGCCCGAUGCAUCGCGCGAAACUCCGCUGCCUUCAGCGGAUCGUCGAUCAUCUCAUAAACCAGCUGCUGGACAAGCUACCUCAUACUGUCAGAGGGAUGGGCAUGACGUUGCUUCGUCCCAUGGUACCCCACCACCGUCUGCCUGGGCUUCAACAACACAGGCUAGAUACCUUGGCGAACCUCGCCGGCUACAUGGUCGUGGAGUGGAUCCUGGAACCGCGGCUUCUGAACCGGCAAGCGACCGUUGGCAAGAGGUACAACGGUCCCGACUACAUGGACCCACUGCAGCGCGCUCUGGACAGGGGGUCAAAGGCACUCGACUUCGUGGAUUCGCCUCUGGUUUUGGACUACAUCCAUGUCAAGUUUUCCUGCACUCUGCCAAACUGGGCCUCGAGUAGCUCCAUCCCAAAGACGAUCAACGCGGGAUUCUACACGUACAAUGCUUUCGACGAGUACAACUUUUCUGAGGUUUUGUCGGUGAGGCCGGAACCGCCUGAGGCAAACCCAGGGGGCGGUUCGCAGCCGUGCAACUCCAAGAAGUGGGACGAUCGCCUCCUCAGAUUCCUCCAAGGAUGGAACCCCACGGACAUGAACCCGGAAGAACAACCGCGCGGCAAAUCGACGAGACGGUCGGAUCGGAACAAGUUGCCACACACCACGAUAUUACCUAUGCUGCAGUUCUCCCUGGCGGGGCUUAUUGGGAAGCCGGCAGUGUUCUACAAUGUGCCUGCCGUCCGGUUUGCCCUCGAGUUCUUGCACUAUCUGGUGAUGUUGGGGCUGUUUUGCUCUUGCGUCAAGCUGCAGGACAGCUACAGGAUCCCACCCGCCGAGGUUGCAUUCUACGUCUUCAUGGCGGGCACACUUUGGCGAGAGAUCCUCGAGUUCUGCGACGGUGUACCAGCCCGUCACCGGCGGCACAGGAAGAACAAGCACAUCAAAGAGGGGAAUCAGGCGAACAUGGCUACUGCGGUUCAGGGGGCGUCGAGCAAACGAUCUGACAUGGUUGACUAUGGGCAAGGGAGGGGUCUGAAGCGAGUGGCGUCUGCAAUCACCAGAUAUCUCUUUUACGACACUUGGAACUUGUUGGACACGCUGACUCUAUCGACGGUUUUCCUGGCCUUCGUUUUCCGCCUGCUGGGAAUACGCGAGUUCGGGGGACCUACAGACCCGGGGGACUACUUCUUUGUGGCCCAGUUCUUCCUAGCCGUCAGCGCGCCCCUACUGUUCGCUAGGCUGUUGCGACUUUCCCAGAUUGACAACACGCUGGGGCCCAUGAUUCAGAUAAUCUGGAGAAUGCUGUCCCAGACCCUCCGCUUCGGAGUGUUCAUAGUGGUGGUCAUGGCAGGCUUCGCCCUUGCGUUCAACGCCGUGUUUGGGUCUUGCGACGCCGGGAGUGGCCUUGACGAGAGCUACGGCUCCUUCGGCACAGCACUCCUUACCGUCUUUAAAGCGCCGCUCGGGGAGUUUAAGUUCGAGGACUUCGAUGACGUCGGCGGCCAGUGCCCGUACAACCCUUCACCGGGGCGGGCUAGCGAUGCAGGCACCUUCCUGCUGGUGGCGUACUUGAUUGUUCUUGCGGUUGUCAUGCUCAACCUUCUCAUCGCCGUCCUCAGCACGGCUCACGGAGAGCUGGUGAUGGGCUUCCUGUUGGAUGGGGUCAGUGAGCUAACUUGGUGGGCGGGGGUUGACGCGGGCAGGUAA